UUCCAUAUUAAUUAGAUCUUCAACCGCGGAGAGGUUGUAAAAACUGGCUCUUUCUGGUUUAGGUAUCAGAGCCAGUACGCCUGUAUUUGUACAAGUGUUUUUUUUUUUUACCAGCUUAACUAUCUUGAGGCACGAACGGCAAAAAAGGCAGUGAGUGACAGACCUAGAGGUUGUUUCUUAGGAAGCAGCAGGUGAAGGAGUCGUUUUACAAAAGGGCAGCACACUUUACACUGAGUUUCGCCGGAGUAAGGACACUUAGAAGGUGAGCUAGGACGGCAUGCAAAGUUGUGAAUCUUCAGGCAGCACUGAUGAUCCUCUUAGUAGUGGGCUACGUAGAACUCGACACCCUCGAAUAGUAGUGAUUGGUGCUGGACUUGCAGGCCUUUCUGCUGCAAAAACACUUCUGGAGAGUGGGUUCACUGAUGUCACAGUUCUAGAAGCAUCCGACAGAAUUGGAGGAAGAGUACAAAGUGUCAAGCUUGGGCGCACUACCUUUGAACUUGGAGCAACCUGGAUUCAUGGUACCCAAGGAAAUCCUAUCUAUCAUCUAGCAGAAGAACAUGGGCUGCUUGAAGAAACAACUGAUGGGGAGAGAAGUGUUGGUCGCAUUAGCCUUUACUCCAGGGAUGGGGUGGCUUACUACCUCACCAACUGUGGCAAGAGAAUCCCAAAGGAUGCAGUGGAGGAAUUCAGUGAUUUAUACAACGAAGUCUAUGACCUGACUCAAGAGUUCUUUCAGAGUGGAAAACCUGUUGACGUUGAAAGUCAAAAUAGCGUGGGUGUGUUCACGCGUGACCUUGUUCGAAAGCGUAUCAAGGCAGAUAGGGAUGACUCGGACAUUAUCAGGAAGCUGAAGCUAGCCAUGCUUCAACAGUACCUGAAGGUCGAAAGCUGUGAAAGCAGCUGUCACAGCAUGGAUGAUGUGUCUCUUAGUGAGUUUGGUGAGUGGUCUGAAAUCCCAGGUGCCCAUCAUGUGAUCCCUAGUGGGUUUAUGAAGAUUGUAGAAAUCUUGGCUCAGGACAUUCCAGAAUCCAUCAUUCAGCUCAGGAAGCCUGUCAGGUGUAUUCACUGGAAUCAGUCAGUCUCCAAAGAGAUUGAAACGGUUGCUGACCACAACAAUGACCAUCCAAACCAAGAAGGAUACCCAGUCUUUAUAGAGUGCGAAGACUGUGAGUUCAUUCCUGCAGAUCAUGUUAUUGUAACAGUGUCUCUUGGUGUCUUGAAAAAGUUCCAUGAAAACAUGUUCCAACCUCAUCUGCCUGAAGACAAGGUGACUGCCAUCCAGAAACUUGGGAUAAAUACCACAGAUAAAAUCUUUCUGGAAUUUGAGGAGCCUUUUUGGAGUCCUGAAUGCAACAGUAUUCGAUUUGUUUGGGAAGAUGAGUCUGAAAGCAGAAGUCUGUCUUAUGCAGAGAAGCUGUGGUUUAAAAAGAUUAGCGGCUUUGAUGUGCUGUAUCCGAAUGAACGUUACGGUUAUGUGCUAAGUGGUUGGAUUUGUGGAGAGGAAGCACUUAUCAUGGAGAAAUGUGAUGAUGAAACUGUUGCAGAAACAUGCACUGAACUUCUCCGUAAAUUUACAGGGAAUCCAAACAUUCCAAAGCCACGAAAAAUUUUUCGUUCAUCGUGGGGAAGUAAUCCUUACUUUCUUGGGUCCUACUCUUAUAUUCAAGUUGGUUCAAGUGGAGCUGAUGUGGAAAAGCUAGCCAUGCCACUGCCUUAUACUGAAAGUUCAAAAAUGGUGCCAAUGCAGGUGAUGUUUGCAGGAGAGGCCACUCACAGGCAGUACUAUUCCACAACCCAUGGUGCUCUACUUUCCGGUCAAAGGGAGGCUUCACAUCUCAUUGAAAUGUACCAAGACUUCUACAGUGCAGUAACCACAAGGCCUGAUAUUUAAAAGAAGCCACUAACGAGUGAUUCAUUUUUAAAUGUAUGUCAGAUCGUCUUUUAUAAAAAUAAAACUGGUAGAUUUUUAAAUUGGGUGAAAGUCCCAAUUCUUGUAGACUAAAGAUAUGUGUAUUUUUUUCAGUGUUUUGUAAUGUUAACAAAACAAGGUGCUCUUUCUGUCCUGUUAGCUGUUUCUGUUUUCUUUAAGUAAUUAAUGCACUUUUGUUGCCUAUUUGAUUUUUUUUCCCUUCUGGCAAGUGCCUUCAUUAACAAACAGUUGUAAUAAAAUAAUGAACAACUUAUUUAAAAGGU